AACCUCCGCCGACGCAACAGCUGCGAACCAGAGACAAGAGCUCCAGCAUCUGCAACUGCUCGAAGCUUGCCUGGAGCCACUACCGAGUUCACCCGCCGCAACACCAAAGCUGUUACAGUCCCCGCGGGAUUUUGAAUUACCCUCGUCGCCGCUGUCAUCAUCGUCGCCGUCCUUGUUUUCUUCUAUUGCUAUUGAUUCUCGGCCCAACGUGUUGCCGAGCGAGUUGCCGUCGCCCCCCAAUACCACCCCGUCUUCCUCCCCAGCUCCUUCCAUCAAGAUGCCUCCGAAAGCUUCGCAGAAUGGCGAGAAGCUGGAAGGCGAAUAUGGCAAGAUUUACUCGAUAUCAGGGCCCGUGAUUGUCGCCGAAGACAUGAUCGGUGUGGCCAUGUACGAGCUUGUUAGGGUCGGUCACGAUCAGCUCGUUGGUGAGGUCAUUCGCAUCAGCGGCGACCGUGCCACUAUUCAGGUAUACGAAGAAACGGCCGGCGUGCAGGUCGGCGACCCCGUGCUCCGGACCGGAAAGCCUCUCUCAGUCGAGCUUGGCCCUGGUCUCCUCAACAACAUCUACGAUGGUAUCCAGCGUCCGCUCGAGAAGAUCUCUGAGAUGUCCCAGAGCAUCUACAUCCCCCGUGGUGUCGCAGCGCCCGCCCUCGACCGUAAGAAGAAGUGGGACUUCACCCCUACCAUGAAGGUCGGUGACCACAUUUCUGGCGGAGACGUCUGGGGUACCGUCUACGAGAACUCUUUCAUCAAGGUGCACAAGAUCCUGUUCCCGCCCAGGGCACGUGGAACCAUCACCAAGAUCGCCGACAAGGGCAGCUUCACCGUUGUGGACGAGAUCCUCGAGGUCGAGUUCGACGGCAAGAAGACAAAGUACGGCAUGAUGCAGUCGUGGCCCGUUCGUGUGCCGCGUCCCACGACCGAGAAGCUCUCGGCCGAUAGCCCUUUCCUUGUCGGCCAGCGGGUGCUGGACGCCCUCUUCCCCAGUGUUUUGGGCGGCACCGUCGCCAUUCCGGGAGCUUUCGGCUGUGGCAAGACUGUCAUUUCCCAGUCCGUGUCCAAGUUCUCAAACAGUGAUGUUAUUGUCUAUGUCGGAUGCGGCGAGCGAGGCAAUGAGAUGGCUGAAGUUUUGAAGGAUUUCCCCGAGCUUGAGAUUGAGGUCGAGGGCCGCAAAGAGCCGAUCAUGAAGCGUACCACCCUUAUCGCCAACACAUCGAACAUGCCCGUGGCCGCGCGUGAGGCCUCAAUUUACACGGGAAUUACAGUAGCCGAGUACUUCCGUGACCAGGGCAUGAACGUUGCCAUGAUGGCGGACUCUUCAUCCCGUUGGGCUGAGGCUCUCCGUGAGAUCUCGGGUCGUCUUGGUGAGAUGCCUGCUGAUCAGGGUUUCCCUGCUUACCUGUCUGCCAAGCUUGCUUCCUUCUACGAGCGUGCUGGAAAGGUCAACGCCUUGGGCUCACCUGAGCGCGGUGGAAGUGUCAGCAUUGUCGGUGCCGUCAGCCCGCCCGGUGGUGAUUUCUCGGAUCCUGUGACUACAUCGACCCUGUCCAUUGUCCAGGUCUUCUGGGGUCUCGACAAGAAACUGGCACAGCGCAAGCACUUCCCGUCCAUCAACACUUCCCUUUCGUACAGCAAGUACACGAUGAUAUUGGAGAAGUGGUACGAGAAGGAGCACCCCGACUUCCCACGUCUGCGUGACCAGGUCAGGCAGCUGCUGUCAGACUCGGAGGAGCUGGACCAGGUCGUGCAGCUUGUCGGCAAGUCGGCGCUUUCGGACCCCGACAAGAUCACACUUGACAUGGCCACGCUGCUCAAGGAGGACUUUUUGCAGCAGAACGGCUACAGUGACUACGACCAGUUCUGUCCCAUCUGGAAGACAGAGUGGAUGAUGCGCCUGAUGAUGGGUUUCCACGACGAGGCGCAGAAGGCGAUUGCACAAGGCCAAAGCUGGAGCAAGGUGCGCGAGGCUACCCAGGACCUGCAGGCCAAGCUCAAGAGCCUCAAGUUCGAGGUACCGACCGACGGCGAAGAGGUUAUUUGCAAGAAGUAUGAGGCCAUCCGCAACGAAAUGCUGGAAAAGUUUGCAUCUGUCAUGGACGAGUAAGGUAGAGAGAUAUCGGACCUUGUCUAGUUUGUUGUUAAGUUGCACAAGCGGAAUGGAAGAGAUAGUGUGCGUAUAUAGAAGUACCAAGAUACAUUUUUUUUACUUAUCGGCUCUGCGAUGAUGUACUUGAUCAUGAGCUUCCCCAAGACGUGUAUAAGACUGACUGAAAUGCAACUCGACCGCAUUUUGAUGCAUGAAAGUCUGUCGGAACUUAUUCAGUUCAAUGUGAUCAAAUGAGC